AUGAGAAGGGUGCAGGAUUCGUGUGGCAUUCGGUCAACCCACAUUGGAUACUUUGACUAGAGUCCAUUGACAAAUUUUGGGGAAAAUUGAGAUUUUGAUUUCUACAAGUAAAAGAUAAAACAAAUUUAAAAGAUGGCAUACCUUCAAUCCUUUUCAGCUUUUCCUCUUGGUCAAUAUUUGCUAUUUAUAAAUGUUUUCUUUCUCAAUGAAAAGAGGGAUAAUUUCAAAAUCUGUCUGUCACAUCCCAAAAUAACCCCUAGGUGUGACAGGCUCCCGACAAUACUGCUUGCCGAGAGAACCAAUUUUCUAUCCAUUCACCAUAUCUAGUCUAAUCUACCUACGCUGAGAUAAAAACAUACACAACACUAUGUGCAUGAAAUGAUCAUUAACGCAAGAUAAUUAUCCAACAAGAUACUGCAUAGCGAUUUAUGAAAACGACAAUAGUUUAGAUAACAAAUCUCUAACCCAAGUCCCACACUGAGUUCAUGGAGCAUCUAAACAGAAUUACAUGAAUUCAACUAUUGGCCAUGCAAACCCAACGAAAGGAGAUAUAAGCUAAAAAUAAUGAAAGAUGAAUGACAGCCUUCACGAACAAUGCGAAGGUUCACCUCAGCGACAGAAUCCACACGAAAAGACAGUCAGCCACGAACCUUUCUCUUUGCAACCAUAUUUGCAGGAAGCAGCUAAAUUGGUUCAAUCCUCAUUUAGAGGAGAAGGUUUCUCUGCUAUCCCAAAUGUAAAGUGGGAAGAUGUUGGAGGCCUUCAUUCAUUAAGAUAUGACUUUGAUCGUUACAUUGUCAGGCGUAUAAAGAAUCCUAAAGAUUACAUGGGUUUUGGAGUGGAUUUGGAAAUAGGAUUCUUGCUUUAUGGUCCUCCAGGAUGUGGUAAAACAUUAAUUGCCAAGGCUGUUGCUGAUGAAGAUGGAGCACAUUUUACACACAUUAAGGUUCCUGCAAAUUUUUAUUCUCCUAAUAUUGCCUUUCCUAAUGUUUUGCACGACUGAGGCAUGACAUGUUUUCUCAUUUACUAAUCUCCAUCCAGGGACCUGAAAUUUUGAACAAGUAUGUUGGUGAAAGUGAGUUAGCUAAUAGGACAUUAUUUACCCGUGCCAGGACAUGUGCUCUGUGCAUUCUAUUCUUCGAUGACGUGCUUGUCACUCUUUCCAACCUAAACACACUUAGUUCUAUCUAAUAGCCCUCCUCUUUUCAUAUUAUGAGUCCAUCCA